AUGGCUGGAGUUGUAGGAUCACAUAGUAUCUGGAUGAUGCUUAGUGUCCAUGUGAUGCUUCUGGUGCUAGCUCAAGAAAAGGAUCCAUUUGUGCUCUAUGACUUCAGGGGAGCAAACCUUUAUCUUGAUGGAAUGGCAAAUAUCAACGAUGGUCGAUUGCAUCUUACAAAUGAUACUGAGACCAGCACUGGUCAUGCUAUGUUCAAAGUUCCCAUGAACUUCUCAACGUCGUCUCCCAGUUCAUAUUCCUUUUCAACAGAGUUUGUCUUUGCAAUCUUUCCACUGCAAAAGCCUCCUUCCUACGGUCAAGGUAUGGCUUUUGUGGUAGCUUCUAAGAUAGAUCUCAUGGCCAAUGGCACUGCAACUUCAGGUUUAGGGCUUUUUAGUUUAGAUAAUAAAAACAAAACUGAAAAGCAGAUUCUAGCUGUAGAGUUUGACACAAAUAAAAGCUCUGAACCACUUGACGAAAGCGGAAACCAUGUAGGGAUUGAUAUUAAUAGCAUAGUCUCGGUCCACCAUGCUGAAGCUAGUUACUAUUCCGAGGGAAAGAUGAAACCCCUGCUGCUUGCUAGUGGAAAACGUAUUCUAGUCUGGAUAGACUAUGAUGGAGUAGAGAAAGUACUAAAUGUAACGUUAGCUCCGGUACCAAAGUCAACGCCAGUUUCACCUUUCUUGUCAACCUCCAUCAAACCAAGUGUGCCUCUCUUGUCAAAAUCCAUCAAUCGUUCAGAGAUUUUCAAUGAGACUAUGUUUGUAGGCUUCUCUGGAUCCACAGGCUCAACCAGAAGUAACCAAUACAUCCUUGCAUGGAGUUUCAAGAAAGGUGGAAAAGCACAAAGCCUUGACAUUUCAAAGAUUAUGGAUGCCCCUGAUCAAAAGUCAGGGUCUAAACCUACUUUAAUUCUAGUUACUACUAUACCAACAGUUUUUAUCUUAAUAAUAUUGGGAGGAGUUAUAUAUCUUCUUUACAAGAAAAAGAAGUAUGCAGAGGUGCUUGAACAGUGGGAAAAGGAAUAUAGUCCUCAAAGAUACUCCUUUAAGAACCUCUACAUAGCAACAAAGGGUUUCAGGGAGAGUCAACUACUUGGAGCAGGAGGUUUUGGAAAAGUUUACAAGGGAUUACUUCCCUCUGGAAACUUUAAAGCUGAAGAGGUCAAGAUGCUUUUGAGGCUAGGCAUGCUUUGUUCUCAGAGCAACCCUGAGAAUAGACCUAGUAUGAGACAUAUAGUACAAUAUCUGGAAGGAAGUGUUCCUGUUCCGAGAAUAUCAUUUGAUACAGCUGGUUUUGGUAUGCCUAAUAUAAGCAAUGAAACGGUAACGCAAAUGACAACCACUUCUACAUCAGCUAAUUACUCGUUUGAAGAUAUUACAGUCUUAUUUGGUGGGCGUUGA